AUGAGAACAAGUGAGAACAAAUCACAGCAUGCAUACAACAUCAGCGCGGCGUCUGUUGCAGGCUGCUGUAAACUGUCACUGGAUAUUUUUGUUCCAUUGUUUUGGACAGCUGCCAGGCGACGAGGGGAACCAGGACUCAUGAGCUUAUACCACACAACUGUUUGUCUUCUAUUAUAUAUAUUUAUUAGACUUGAGUGUCGUCCAUUGUGUAGGCAGCAUUAG